AUGUCUACUUAAAAUAAAAGCACUUCAAUAGCAUAAUAAGAUCAAGAGAUUUGUAAUAUCUAAUAGGACAUAGAGCAAUAGGCAUCUAAAGAUAAUUAAGAAAAAUAAUAGCCUAAUAAUAAUUCUCAUUUGAAAUAUUAAAGUGAUCAGAAGUUUAUUUCAAUAUCCAGAGGAUAAAAAAAUGUAUUUAUUAAUAACUUGAAAGGAAUAAAAGGUCUUGAACUCAAAUAUUAAAUACAGGCAAAACAUAAUGAUGAUGCUUUUUGUCUUACUGUUUUAGAUAAUUAGUAUUUAGCUAUUGGCUCAACUGAUGCAACAAUUACAAUAUACAAUUUAAAAAAUGAUUGCAAACUUGUACGCAAAAUAAAUUAUUAUUAUGAGCCUAUAUUAAUUUUAGAACCUUUAAGACUUUUCCAUAAAACUCUUUUACUCAGCACAGGGUAUGACUAAAUUAUUAACGUCUGGGAUUAUUUAUCUGGGAAAAAGAUUACCGAUUUAGAAGCUUGUGGAUGUGAAAUAACAAAAUUAUGUGACAAUUUAGAUAAAAAUCUUAUAGUAGGAUCAACUUUUGAUGGAAGAAUUAUCUUAUGGAGCUACACAAAUAAGCGUAUUGUUAACGUAUUAAAACUAAGAUCCUAAAUAAGUAAUUAGUAAAGACUAAUUAUUCAAGAAGCUUAUGAAGAUCUUAUUUAAACAGAAAUGUAAUAAAUUGAAGGGAUAGGAUAAGAAGAUGAUGAUUUAGUUUCUGAAAUGGAUUUAGAAUCACAUGGUUCAAUAUACUCCUUACACUAGAUUUAAAGGGAUAGUUACCUUGUUUUGUAAAGAGGAUGUAUUUCAGAAAUAAAAAUAGUGGCUUCAAAAGAUACCAAGACCAGUCAAAAUGCUUAAGAGACAAAAAGUAAAUCUUAAGAAAUACUGAUAGAAGAAAUAGAUUAAGAAAAUAAUGAUAACUAAAUAUAAAAUAAACAAAAUGAUUCUGCUAAAAUAAAUUAUGAAAUUUAGGUGCUCAGAUAAUUUUAAGCAAAUUAAGAUGCUAUACAGUUUAAUUUAAUACCUUUUGAAAACCAAAAAAUUAUCACAUUAGGUACUAAGAGAGGCUUCAUAUUUCUUUAUGAUUUUGAUACUGGAGAGGUUAUAACAAGUAAAAAAACUUUAUCAGGAGCAGUUAAUGAAAUACUUACAAUAUAAACUAUGCACGAUUCUAAAGACCAUCCAUUUGUAAUUUCAACAAGCCACACAGAUAGAUUUUUAAAAAUUGAAUCCCUGAAAACAGGGGACUCAUUUAGAGUUGAAGAUGAUAGAAUUUUUUGCUAUAAUGAAUGCAUGAACUCAAAAAUGCAAUUCUUCAAAAAUAGAUAAAAUGAACUUUUCAUCGCUGUUAUUUGCCAAGAGCAUUAAAACCCUUACUUUUCAAUAUUUAAAAUCAACUUAGAUUACUAUGAAUCUCAAAAAAAUAUCACUGAAAAGUUACUGAAUUAAUGA